AUGGAGCAGCUCCUUUCCAAACCGAACGUAGUGUACACGAAGGCAGACCAAUGCCAAUACGGACUCCGUGGAGAAUCUGGCCAACCCCAAAGAAAACGGACUGGUUUCGCCACCAACAGCCCCGAGAUCGCCAAGGCCCUGAACGCUCUAUGCCCUGGCGACCAUCAACGUGAAGUCAUCAUUGGUGGCAACAAGUCCAAGAAAGCACAGAUUUAUCCGGAAGGUCUUCGGGAAGCCAUCCUCGCGGCCUACUCACGCUCGAUUGGAGCUGAGGACGAUCAGAUCAAGUCGAAAGCGUUCUACCUGGUCCAACAUGGGAACUACAUGCUGAAGAACCACGAGGUGAGGAUGAUGAAGGAGACCAUGAACCGGAAGGAACUCAGCUUCAACGAAUGUGUUGGAGUAGAUGUGGUCUUCUUGCCAACUUUGGGCAAUCGCUCUAGGCAUGAAUACCUGGAGAUCUACCUGAACAAAGUGGACAGCAUCGAAGAGAUUGGAGGGCGGAUGCCUUUGUGCUUUGCCCAGUCCAGUUUAGCAGUGGAAAUUGCGCAAUCUCUCGAUGACUGGACGCCACUCGACCCAGAGCACUCAGAGGCCCACGCAUUGCAACGAGACACGGGUGAUGGCUGGGAAGGAUCACUCCCUGGGUUCUUCCCUCAGCUCGACAUGCAGACAUGGAAUGACGCUGAGACCGUGCAAGCUCUUUAA